CGACGUGAGAUAUAGAGUUUGUGCAUCUUGUCUAUUCCAUAAUGGGCUGAUGUGUGCGCUUUUAGAGCAUAUGUCCUUACCACUAUUUUAGUUUUUUUUUUGUUUGAAUAGUUAAUGAUUCUAGUAAAAAUAGUGUGUCCAACAGUGAUCUCCGAUUAGGAGUCCUUACACAUAUAUACAUAUUUUCCUCCAUCCAAUGAGACGCGGCCACGUCACUAAUGACUUGAUCCUUAAACUCUUUGUCUAAAGAUUGCUCUUUACCGAAUUGGGCUUUGAUAAUAUUAUUUUAUCUGGAUUCGCCUAGGAUAUAACGCUAAGGAUUCGUCUAAAUGGACCGUUGCGGAUGCUCUAUGGGCUUCUGAAAUUCUUCCCCAAGCAAUAACCCUUAAACCUUUUCUGUUAAUAAGUAGAUGAUGUUUUCGUAUAAAAAUACUUGAAAGUUGAAAGCAUGGAGAAACGGAAACCAAUCUAAACCGAAGAACACGUAAAAUACAUCCAAACCCUAUUCUGCACCUCUCAGCCGUAGAUUUAUCGAUCUCCAUCUCGCCGAUCAGCUCUUUGCUGGUACUAGAAACUUCCCUUCCCUUCCUCGUUUAGACCUAAUCAUGCUUGUUUGUUUCACCGAUUGUUGCAUUGGUUACGUGGAUCUAUAGUUUUAUUUACUUUGGUAUGAUCGACGCAUAUUUAUUAUUGCUUUUCUUUCCUUCUCUUUUGCUUAUUUUUGCUAAAUUUAUUUCUUACGUACGUGGAUCUAUAGUUUUAUUUACUUUGGUAUGAUCGAUGCAUAUUUAUUCUUGCUUUUUUUUCUUCUCUUUUGCAUAUUUUUGCUAAAUUUAUUUCUUACGUAACAACAAGUCUUUUUCCUAGAUUAUGUGAGUCUCUUUUUUGCCACAGAUAAAACUAAUAUACUUAAGUGUAAAUUUUCAUUAUUUCAUUUGGCAAAAAAAAAAAUUUCGUUAUUUCAGCUUAGUGCAUACAGCGUGUUAUUUACAAUAAACCUAAACUGCGUGUUAGGAUUUGCUUUGGUCUUAACUUGCAUGGUGUCCGUCUCUGGGAUCAUCAUCAUGUGGAUGUUAAACUUUCUUUCCUUGCGAACCUGACUUGCGUGUUUGGAUUUGCUUGCCUCAUAUUGUAUAUUUUCCUUAUCUCACUGAAUAAUGAAUACUCAUAAUCUCUCUCAAGGUAUACGCUCGUUCCUAGCCGUUUGUUGAAAUUUGGAAAAAAAUGGCGACAAUGUUCAAUCUUCCAGAUGAGUUAGCAGAGGAGAUAUUGUCUAGGGUUCCAUUGACAUCCCUAAGUUCAGUGCGUUCCACUUGCAGAAAGUGGGACACUUUAUCCCAAAACAGGGUUUUUGGUACGUCAGCAUCAGCAGGAAGGAAACAGUUUCUAGGGUUCAUGCUGAAGGAUUAUAAGGUUUGUUCGAUGAAAUUGGAUCUUCAAGGAAUUGGAAACGAAAGAGACUUCGUUGAUCCAUCUAUAAAGCAAGUAAGUAUACUUGACCAAGUAGAUAUCACUCAAGUAUUUCACUGUGAAGGCUUAUUGCUAUGCAUCACCAAGGACAAGUUCAGGCUUUUGGUGUGGAAUCCUUAUUUGGGGCAAACAAGGUGGAUCCAGCCAAGAAACACUUACCGAAGUGAAGACAGAUAUGCUAUCGGAUAUGAAAAGAAUCUUAACUACAAAAUCUUGAGGAUUUUUGGAGAGUAUGACACCAAGGGUGAACUUGGAAGCAUCGACGAACACCUGGUUUUUUUGGUACGUAAUAUAUGAUUUGAGUUCUGAUUCGUGGAAGGUUUUUAACGUCAGUCCCGAUUGAAAUAUAGAUUAUUAUCAACGAGGUGUGACUUUGAAGGGGCAUACUUAUUUUUUGACCGGAGAGAGAUGGACAGUGGAUAGAAGAAAUAGACCUGAGGAGAUAAUCUCUUUUGAUUUUACAACAGAGAGAUUUGGAAAGAGGCUGCCUCUACCAUCUAAAUCUCAUAGUUUAGAUAAAUGUGUGUCUCUCUCUUGUGUUAGAGAGGAGCAGCUUGCCGUCUUGCAUGUAAGCUGGGUGAAUGCCCAUGCAGUGGAGAUUUGGGUCACAAAUAAGAUUGAUCCAGGUGCAGUUUCGUGGAUCAAGUUCGUGAGGUCCAUCUCUGUUUUUGUUGAUGAUCUAGCUGGGAGUUUCUUCAUCACGAGGAAAAGCAAGUUUCUGUGGGUCUCGAUCUAGAUAAAUUUCGACAACCAUGGACCGAGACCUGUUCCAACCAAAGAGCUAACAUAAUUGGACAAGAUGGAUUAUGGAUACUCCAAACCUGUGAAUCUGGGUGAGGUUCCGAAUCAUGGAAAACGUGAGAAAUUUGGUUUUAAGUUCCCGGUAUUCGGUUGCCAAUUGUGUGCCCUUAUGUUCCAAGCUUAGGGCAACUGCAACUGCAGCAGUGAACAUGGAAAGAGGGCGAUGCUUAAAUCAGUUCCUUGGCAUGAUUUGACCCCAUUUUUUAUUUGUUUUAGUGGUAAAUUAUGUUUAAGUUUCUCAGUUUUUAUAUUUUAACAUCUGGUAUAUAUUUUUAAAAAUCAACAUGUAUUAUUCCAAUAUUAUUCUUGUAAUUUUUGUUUAUUGCCUUACAUCUAUUCCAUUUACAAAAAGAAAGUAGUUGUAAAAGUGAUACUCCCUCAUUUUCAU